CAGCCAGCGGACCGUGGGCCAGCUGGUCGACCUCUGCCGCCUCUACCGCCGGGCCGACGUCGAGAAGGUCCUGCUCAGGUGAUCUCGGGACGGGCCCCUCUUCGUCCGGCGGGAGGGGAAGACGAUGUUCGCCGACGGCCCGGAGGAUGCCGACGGCCCGGAGGAUGCCGACGGCCCGGAGGAUGCCGUCCGCCGCCCGGCGAUCCCCUACGUCGGCACGCUCGCCGAGGAGCUGGUCCCGGGGCAGGUGUUGGUCGUGCGCGGGCACGUGCCGGACGACGCGGACAGGUUUCAGAUCGACUUCCAGUGCGGGAGCAGCGUGAGGCCCCGGGCCGACGUGGCCUUCCACUUCAACCCGCGCUUCCGGCGGCCCGGCUGCGUGGUCUGCAACACGCUGCGCCGGGAGAAGUGGGGCCGGGAGGAGAUCACCCACCGGAUGCCCUUCGAGAAGGGGAAGCCUUUCAAGAUCGUGUUCAUGGUGCUCGGAGACAAGUUCCAGGUGGCCGUCAACGGGAAGCACCUCCUGCUGUACGCGCACAGGAUGGAACCUCUGCUCGUCGACACCCUGAGCAUCUCCGGCCAAGUGCGCGUCCUGUCCUUCGGCUUCCGCCCCGGCCCGAGCUCCCCUGCCCCGAGCCUGGCCAAGAAACCCGCCGGGAACGACGCCCGGGCCGGUCCGGGGCCGCUGGUCCUUCCCUACAGCGCCCGCCUGAGCUCGCCGAUGGCGCCGGGGCGAACCGUGGCCAUCAAAGGAGAAGUGGAUAAAGAUCCCAAAGGGACCUUCCACGUCAACCUGAGAGUCGGAGGCUCCCGCGACAUCGCCCUCCACCUCAACCCCCGCCAGAAGAGCAGGACGUUCGUGAGGAACUCCUUCCUCCGCGACAGCUGGGGGGAAGAGGAGAAGAGCCUCCCCGACUUCCCCUUCGGCCCCGGGAUGUAUUUCGAGAUGCUCAUCUACUGCGAGGCCCGGCAAUACAAGGUGGCCGUCAACGGCGAGCACGUCCUGGAAUACAAGCACCGCUUCACGGACCUCGCCGAGGUCGACACCGUCGAGGUCCAGGGGGACGUCCGCCUGCUGGACGUCGCCGACUGGUAGGCCCCCCCCCCCCCCCGCCUCGCGAGCCGGGCACCGAGGCCGGACCCCCGGGCCCGGCCGCGGGCCGCCCUCCUCCCGACGGGCCGGGGGAAGCCGACGGAGCCCCCUGGCCUUCGGCGCUCGCCCGGACGGGAAGCGGUCGACGGCCACGACUCUCUUUAAUGCCCCCGAGACGCCGCGCUCCCCCAGCCCCCCGCGGAUCCAGGCGGCCCGCCCCCGGGACCGGGGUAACUCGCUCGUCCGCCGAGCGGGCGGGGGUCCGAGCGGCGAGGCCCCGCGGGACGGGAAGCCGGCGCCUAAAACGGCACAGCGGAGGCCUCGCGUAUAAAAGACGCGCGCGGCGCGGACGACGUCCCUCCGUCGCGUCGCUCUCUCGCUGCUGGCUCGCCUGCGGAAUGUCCCACGGAUCCGGUCCGGGGAAGACCUGUCAGCACUGACCCUUCCCGGAGCACUCACUGUCAAAAAUAAAACCCUAGAGAGAUCGCC